UGCUCUUCCCGGCGCCCGGAGCCCACAGAGCCGUUCUCUGCUGGCGGCGGGCCGCCGGGUCCCCAAGACCCGGUCCUCUGUCUCCUCGCCGCGCUCAGCACCUGGAGCUGGACCAGGUGCCGUCAGGAGGAUUUGGUGUCUUACACAUUAAUAAAGUGUUCAGUGCUGGUGACAGUAGUCCAGCGGGUCUGGCUCCGGGUCUCCCCGUGUCUCUGGUUUCAUCCUCCGCCUUUGUCCUCAUGUUUUCCCGGAGUUCCUCCCCCUGCGGCGCGGGGCGGAGUUUCAUACCGGACUAGACGCUCCUUUUGUCGGAUUCGUUUCGAGCUGACUCCCCGGGGUUUACGGCUGAAAAAAACACACUUUGAAAGUCCCGAAAUCAUCCAAAGGAGCGCCGUCGUGUGCGGUGUGGACCCGGGUUCCUGUCUCGACCUGAAGGGAGGGGGCGCUGCAGGAUGAACGGCAGCAGCAGCGUCUCCGCGGCUCAGAGCGCCCGGAUCAAGACUGAACCAGAUGAUUGGUCGAAGGAGGACUGUCUGACGCUGCUGGAGAGGAUCCGCUCUCUGCUGCCCGAUGCUGACGGGAUGAAGUACAAGACGACCGAGUCGCACUUCGACUGGGACAAAGUUUGCUUUGGCAGCUUCACCGGAGAGAUGUGUCGGCAGAAGUGGCAGAAAGUCUCCUCUGACGUGCGUAAGUACCGGACCAUGACCGAGGUCAUCGUGGACGCCGUGGAGUUCGUCAAGAACCCAUACAAAGGCAAGAAGCUGAAGACUCACCCAGAUUUCCCUAAGAAGCCUCUGACUCCAUACUUCCGCUUCUUCAUGGAGAAACGAGCCAAAUACGCCAAAAUCCACCCGGAGAUGAGCAACCUGGACCUGACUAAGAUCCUGUCCAAGAAGUACAAAGAGCUGCCUGACAAGAAGAAGCAAAAAUACAUCACAGAGUUCCACAGAGAGAAAGAAGAGUUUGAGAAGAACAUGGCUCGCUUCAAGGAGGACCACCCGGAGCUCAUCGAGGAGAGGAAGAAGUCCGACCUGCCGGAGAAACCAAAAACUCCUCAACAGCUGUGGUACAACCACGAGAAGAAGACCUACAUGAAGCUGCACCCAGAGGUGAGUCAGAAGGAGCUGAAGGAGGCUCUGAGGAGACAGUGGUCUCAACUGUCAGACAAAAGAAGACUGAAGUGGAUCAGUAAAGCUCUGGAGCUGCAGAAAGACUACGAGGGCACCAUGAGGGCGUACCACGUGGCUCACCCCGACGCGUCCUCUGACGACCACGUCCGCUCCGUCCUCACUAAAGCAGAGAGACAGCUGAAGGACAAGUUUGACGGACGGCCCACCAAACCCCCACCUAACGGGUACUCUCUGUAUUGUGCUGAGUUGAUGGUGAACAUGAAGGACGUGCCAAGUACGGAGCGGAUGGUUCUGUGCAGUAAGCAGUGGAAGAUGAUGACGCAGAAGGAGAAGGACAUGUUCCAGAAACGCUGCGAGCAGAGGAAGAAGCAGUACGACGUGGACCUGCAGCGCUUCCUGGAGAGUCUGCCGGAGGAGGAGCGAGACCGCGUGAUGGGCGAGGAGAAGCUGGGCGGGUCCAGGCAGGGAGGGGGCGUGGCCGCCAGCCCCCACAGAGCAAAGUCUCCGUCCGUCAAGGAGCGCCGGGAGGCGGAGGCAGAGACGUGGGCACCCGCCGCAACACAGAAGGAACGCCGCGACGGGAAGAAGACGGCGAAGCUCCCGGAGACGCCGAAGACCGCCGAGGAGACGUGGCAGCACGGCGUGAUUGGAGACUACCUGGCCAAGUACCGGAGCGACCGCAGGAAAGCUCAGGCGGCGAUGGAGGCGGCGUGGAAGUCGAUGGAGAAGAAGGAGAAGAUUCCCUGGAUCAAGAAGGCCGCCGAGGACCAGAAACGUUACGAGGUUCAGUACCGAGCCGUGAGAGAGCUGUUGGAGAUGAGAGCGCCGCCUGCAGCUCAGAGUAACAGGAAGCCCAAGUUCGACGGAGAACCCAAGAAACCUCCAGUGAGCGGGUACCAGAUGUUCUCCCAGGAGCUGCUGACCAACGGCGAGCUGAACCACUUCAGCCUGAAGGAGCGCAUGGUGGAGAUCGGCAAGCGCUGGCACAAGCUGAGCCAGAACCAGAAGGACAAGUACAAGAAGCAGGUGGAGGAGCAGCAGCUGGAGUACAAGGCCGAGCUGGAGGGCUGGGUCAAGUCGCUCUCACCUCAAGACAGAGCAGUCUACAAAGAGUUCUCCUCCACCAAGCGUCGCAGCACCGCUAAGGUUCGAGGCAGCCCUGGAGCUAAAGUUCGUGUGACGGCGAAGGGAAAGGCAGUGACCGCCAGAGCAGCGACCACGACGGUCGGAGUCAACAAGAGAGCCAUGGCAUACAGAGCCAAGCAGGACAUGUCUGACUCUGACGAGGAGAAGAGCGACUCGUCCGACUCUGACGAAGACGACGAGACGUCAGGAAGCAGCGACAGUGAGGACGACGACGACGAGAACGACGACGAGGACGAUGAGGAUGACGAGGACCAGUCGUCCUCGGAGGAAACUAGUGACUCGGACUCAGACUAGUUCCGCCCCCUCCCCCUCAUUGGAGAGGACAGGCUGUGCAGGCCACGCCUCCUCACAUGCCAAUCAUCCAGGCGGACCAAUGAGAACGGGUGACGUCACACCGCGGUCAAACUGGCCCCUCCCUCUGAAGGGGCGGAGCCUGAGGAGCGUUUUGUUACCCAUGUGUUUGUUUUUAUCGAGUGUUUGUUGGUUUUUAUCAGGUGACUUUCAGUCGGAGAGCGGUUUGUUUUUUUCCUUCUUCUUUUUUGAGUAAUGGAGGGGGCGGGGCUUGUACAGAGUUUGACAGGCAGGGGGUGGAGCCUAUCCGUUUGUUACCGCUGUGGGAGGAGUCAGUGUUCAGCCUCCAAUCAGCCGCCUGCCUGAGAAAAUUAUUGACAAAUAAAUGCACUUUUUCUCA